AUGGGGAACAAUAUUGUCUCCCAAAGGGAGGUGAUAUUGGAAGGAAGCCAGGAUGAUGAUGAGGGAAGGGGGUACAUUGGUGGGGGGGAUGCCUCCCCCACCCCUAGCAGGGGAAAAUUCUGGGCGGGUAAGAAAAAGGGGGUAAUGCGCGACUCAGAGACAUCCUCUGAUGAAUGGGGCAGCGUUAUGGAGACGGAUGGAGCCAGGAGUUUGGACGGGGAAGAAACAGAGGGGAACAUAAGGGGAAGAAGGGAGAAACGGGUUAGAGAUAACCCAGAUAGUGAUGGAGAUACCCCGGUGCGCAAGUUGAGCACCUCCCGCCGUGGCCGUGGCAAGGGACAUUAUACGGGGCUGAGCGCCGCCAAAAAACAGCUGGAGAAUUAUGAGACGGAAACGGAGACGGACGCGCCCUAUAGUCCCAAGCCAAAACGGAGCUCGGGCAGGCGGUCGCGAAGCCCAAUACUCGACGAUGAAAUCCCAGCAGGGUUUGAAACUCCUGGCAGCCGCAUCAAGGCCUGCGCGAAGGGAAUAAUGAGUGAUGCUGCCAAGAGCAAGAAUCUUAAGGGCGAAAUUUGGGGCAGCAUCAACGCUGCGUGCAAGACACUGAUGGAGAUUGCAGAUUCUAUCGGGGAGUCGGAUGUUGUCCGCGCGCUCAAAGCGGACAACCAAAGGAUGCGCAGAGAACUGGAGCAUCUCCACGCGGAGACCAAAGCGCUGCGACAGGCUUUUUCGGAGCGUAACCAGGGGAAGGAGCCAACGAAGGGGAGGACAGAUACGCAGGCACUGCUCGAAGAGUUGGGCAAUUUUAUAGACGUCCGCCUGGGGAACUUCAGGAGCGAGAUCUUCAAGUCCCUAGGCGGCAUGGUCAAUACCCGUCUUGAAAGGGUGGAGGGACGCCUUCCACCGGAGCCCAUACUCCGGCCGCCACUUGCUGCCGACAGAAGGAGGACCCGGGAGCAGACGGACCAAGAAAUGGAAGUAGAGGCAACGAGACACCAAACUGAGGUGCCUAGUGCCCCAAGGCCUGAGAAGAGAAGCAGAGGGGCUCCUCAAGCGGUCCCCCAAGCGGCGUCGAGUCAAUCGACGGGAGGGGUGUCCCGUGUGGACGUAGCCCCCCAGCAGCCAAAGACGCCAGCUGGGCAGACUCAAUCCAAGCCGGUACCUACUCCAAGGGCCAAAAAACCCCAACCGGCGGCCCCUACUCCCAGGAUUCCCAGGAGACAGGCUUCUGUGGGUGUGCCGGCGACGGCUCCGCGGGCACCCCCCCCACAAGAGGUAUGGACCACGGUGGUCAAAAAGGGCAAGGGUAAGGGCCGCGCUGCUCCUCCUCAGCCCCAACAGCAGCAGACCCCGAAAAGGACAACGGCCCCAAAAUUAGUGGCCCCAACCAUGGCGGCAGUUGUUGUGGCCCUUAAACCUGACGCCCAGACUGACUACAGGGCGGUCAUGGAAAGGGCCACGACGCUUAAAUUGGCGGAACUAGGUGUCGACCACCUCAAGGUGCGCAGGACGGCGACAGGGGCGCGAAUUAUAGAGGUCCCCGGGGCACAGAGCGGUCAGGCGGCCGACAACUUGGUAGACCGGCUCCGGAGCUUGGUGGGCGAUGUGGCCGACGUCUACAGGCCGGUUAAAAAGGCUGAGAUCAAGAUUUCCGGCUUUGACGAGUCCGUUACACCGGAAAUCUUGAAAAAGGAGGUGGCUGCCAGAGGCAGAUGCCCGGAGGACCAGGUGUCAGUUGGGGUGAUUAGGAUGGCGGCAAACGGAACUGGCUCAGUCAUCCUGCGCUGCCCUUUAACAGUAGCAAAGGUGGUCGUCACAGCAGGGCGCAUUGUGAUUGGGUGGUCGGCGGCCCGGGUGGAGGCCUUGGAACAGCUGCCCUUGCGCUGUUACCGCUGUAUGGGGACGGGACAUACGAGGCCUCUGUGCCCGUCCUCGGUGGAUAGGGGUAACUGGUGUUAUAGGUGCAGCAAACCAGGACACAAAAGCCAAGACUGCACCGCGUCGGCCCCCUGGUGCGCCGUAUGCCACCAUGCUGGGUUAAAGGCGGGUCACGUGAUGGGUGGGCAAGCCUGCACCCCCCCACCAGUUAAAGGGAAGGAGGCCUUCAGGGCUGGUCUCGCAAAUGCCACCGCGGCCGCCCCCCUGGAUGUGCCUGAUCGGACGGAAAGCCAGUCGAUGGAAAUUUAA